AUGCUCUGGCGCUGCUGUUCCACGUCAGCUCCGCCACCGAGGGCGGCGCCGACCGGUGAGUGGGUGUGCGUCGUGACGUCAUGUCUGUGCGAUUGGCCCUCGUGGCAUAUGCUCUGGCGCUGCUGUUCCACGCCAGCUCCGCCACCGAGGGCGGCGCCGACCGGUGAGUGGGUGUGCGUCGUGACGUCAUGUCUGUGCGAUUGGCCCUCGUGGCAUAUGCUCUGGCGCUGCUGCUUCACGCCAGCUCCGCCACCGAGGGCGGCGCCGACCGGUGAGUGGGUGUGCGUCGUGACGUCAUGUCUGUGCGAUUGGCCCUCGUGGCACAUGCUCUGGCGCUGCUGCUCCACGCCAGCUCCGCCACCGAGGGCGGCGCCGACCGGUGAGUGGGUGUGCGUCGUGACGUCAUGUCUGUGCGAUUGGCCCUCGUGGCAUAUGCUCUGGCGCUGCUGUUCCACGCCAGCUCCGCCCACCGAGGGCGGCGCCGACCGG